AUGAACAGGUUUCAAACGGUUGCUUACCAUCAUCAAGCCAAGCAGUUGCCAGAUGGUCAGUCAAACCACCUUAACCUGUUCAACUCGCGGCCGCAGCCGAAGAAGAAGCGGAAAUCACGGACGGCGUUCACCAACCACCAGAUCUUCGAGCUGGAGAAGCGUUUCCUCUACCAGAAGUACUUGUCGCCCGCGGACCGGGACGAGAUCGCGAGCUCGCUGGGCCUGUCCAACGCACAAGUGAUUACUUGGUUCCAAAACAGGCGAGCAAAGCUGAAAAGGGACAUGGAGGAACUGAAGAAGGACGUGGAGAGCGCCAAAGUGCUGUCCGCGCACAAGACCUUCCUGGAAAACGUGACGGAUCUAGGAAUACUGAAGAAGAAGGCGAUGAGCAUAGGCGCGAGCGAGGAGGCUGCGACGAACCUGGUCGUGAACGCGUCGAAA